AUAAAUAUAAUCUGUGCAAAAUAGUUUAACUGUCAUUUCAGCUGACAACUUUUUUACUGAGAACCAAUGUAAUUUCAUAAAUAAAUCGUUGUAAACAUGGCAAAUACGGGUUUAUUGCCGUUUGUGCGUGGUGUAGACUUUACUUGCAAUGAUUUCAGCGACGAUAAAUUCCCCGAUGCUAUUCGGUACAUGACUGGUCUUCAAUGGCUGAGGCUGGACAAAACUAAUCUUUCUGAUAUUCCCGAGGAACUGGGAAAGUUAAUGAAAUUGGAGAAUCUUUCGUUGAAGAAGAACAGUUUAGAGAAGUUGUUUGGUGAGCUGACUGAGCUGAAAUGUUUGAGAUCAUUGAAUGUGAGGCACAACAAGGUCAAGAGCUCGGGCAUCCCGGCCGAGCUCUUCAGGCUCGAGGAGCUCACCACUCUGGACCUCUCACAUAACAGACUCAAGGAAGUUCCUGAGGGAUUGGAGAAAGCCAAAUCUUUGCUCGUCUUAAAUCUCAGCAAUAACAAAAUUGAGAGCAUACCACCUACUUUAUUUGUGCAACUGACAGAUCUAUUGUUUCUGGAUCUUUCUAAUAAUCUAUUGGAGACUUUGCCCCCUCAGACAAGGAGGCUGGCGAACCUGCAGACCCUUAUACUUAAUGAUAACCCACUUGGUGUUUUUCAAUUGAGACAACUACCCUCACUUCAGAGUUUAGAAGUGCUACACAUGCGUAACACUCAGAGGACGCUGGCCAAUCUGCCUGCAUCCCUUGAUACCCUAUCUAACUUGUCUGAUGUAGACUUGUCUAAGAAUGCCCUGACUAAAGUACCUGAUGCCCUGUAUUCAUUGCUGAGUCUCAAAAGGCUAAAUCUUAGUGACAAUGAGAUUACUGAAGUGUCUUCAGCAAUGGACAAUUGGCAGAAGCUUGAGAGUUUAAACCUCUCUAGAAACAACCUGACUUCGUUACCAGCCUCUUUGGUGAAACUUCAGAACCUAAGGAGGUUGCAUGUGGAUGACAAUAAACUAGAUUUCGAAGGCAUACCCUCAGGGAUUGGGAAGCUUGGUAGUUUGGAGGUGUUCUCAGCUGCCAACAACGUUUUGGAAAUGAUUCCUGAAGGACUUUGUAGAUGCGGUUCUCUAAAGAAACUGAAUCUAAGCUGUAACAAGCUGAUUACGCUACCCGAUGCGAUCCACCUGCUAAGCGACUUGGAAAGUCUUCAGCUUCACGGCAACCCAGACCUGGUGAUGCCGCCGAAGCCGGUGGAGCGACCAAGAGGCGCUGGUCUCCAGUAUUAUAACAUUGACUUCUCGCUGCAAGCUCAGCUUCAGUUGGCUGGUGCAGCCACUAAUGAACCUACGACACCUAGUAGUGUAAAAUCCGAUCCGAUCGCGCGUAAAAUGCGCCUGCGUCGCGGACGCGCUGAGCCGGAACAGCGUGACUCGGCGCUCAUACUCCGCGGCAUGCAAGAGCAAGCCAACACGCAGCACAACGACCAGAGGAUCGAUCAGAGGAACUCCGAACUCAAGCCUAAACGUUGGGACGAGAGCUUAGAGAAACCCCCGCUAGACUACUCCGAAUUCUUCGACGAAGACACGGGCCAAACACCAGGGUUGACGGUGUGGGAGAUCGAGAACUUCAUUCCUGCGCCCGUUGAUGAGGUAGCCCACGGCAAGUUCUUCGAAGGAGAUUGCUACAUAGUGUUGAAGACGGCCAUUGAGGAGCAGGGACAGCUGUCCUGGGAUAUACACUUCUGGAUCGGGUCGAAGGCAACCCUGGACAAGGCAGCGUGCGCGGCCAUGCACGCGGUGAACCUGCGCAACCUGCUGGGCGCGCGCCGCACGCAGCGCCACGAGCAGGCCGACGAGACGCCCGACUUCCUCGCGCUCUUCCCCACCCCGCCCGUCUACAUACAGGGCAGCCAUACGCCCUCUGGGUUCUUCACUGUCGAUGACCCGCACUAUGUAACGCGUCUAUACCGCGUGCACGGCGCCGGGAACAGCAUACACCUGGAGCCAGUCGCCGUGCAGGCCGACUCGCUCGACCCGAGAUACGUCUUCGUGUUGGAUACCGGACUCGUUAUAUAUUUGUGGUACGGCAAGAAAGCUCGUAACACACUGAAGUCUAAAGCCCGUUUGUUCGCGGAGAAGAUAAACAAGGAAGAGAGGAAGAAUAAGGCUGAGUUGAUUGCGGAGCCGCCCGGCAAGGAACCGCCCAGCUUCUGGGAGACUCUCGGAUAUGAAGGAGAGAUCCCUUAUGUGCCUCAAGAGCACGUCCCCGAAGACUUCACAUGGCCGGGAGCCCGGCUGUACCGCGUGGAGCUGGGCAUGGGGUACUUGGAGCUGCCGCAGCCUGAGGCCACGCCACUGGCGCGAGGAGUGCUGGCCACCAGGAACGUGUACAUACUGGACGCGCAUGUCGAUGUGUUUGUGUGGUUCGGCAAGAAAUCAUCUCGCCUAGUCCGUGCGGCCGCCGUGAAACUUGCGCAGGAGCUGUUCAACAUGGUGACGAGACCACCACACGCACUAGUUACUAGACUACAGGAGGGGACUGAGACACAGGUGUUCAAAACAUAUUUCCUGGGCUGGGAAGAAGUGAUAGCGGUAGACUUCACGCGUACUGCUGAGUCUGUAGCCAGGACCGGUGCAGACCUCGCUAGCUGGGCUAAACAACAGGAGACCAAAGCGGAUUUAUCAGCACUCUUCACGCCUCGUCAACCAGCCAUGGGGUCCGCGGAAGCGAAGACAUUAGCAGACGAGUGGAACGAAGACCUGGAAGCCAUGGAGGCGUUCGUGCUGGAGGGGCGACACUUCGUGCGGCUGCCCGACCACGAGCUCGGCGUCUUCCACAGCUGCGACUGCUAUGUGUUCCUGUGUAGAUAUGUGCUGCCUGCUGAGCCCGAAGACGAGACCGACGCCACUAACCCAAUGGACCCCGAAGACUCAGAAUCCGAAUCAGCCACCUGGGUGGUCUACUUCUGGCAAGGCCGUAGAGCUCCCAACAUGGGCUGGCUGACCUUCACCUUCGGCUUGGAGCGCAAGUUUAAGCAGCUGUGCAAGAGGCUGGACGUGGUCAGGACUCAUCAGCAGCAAGAGAGUCUCAAGUUCAUGGCACAUUUCCAUAGGAGGUUCAUUAUUAAGGAUGGCAAGAGGAAUCAGAAGCCGGAGAGCGGCCGACAACCGGUGGAGUUGUUCGAACUGCGCAGCAAUGGAUCUGCGCUGUGCACAAGACUUGUGCAAGUGAAAGCAGACGCCACACAACUUAAUAGUGCCUUCUGCUACAUACUGAACGUGCCGCUGGAAGGCGCAAACGACACGUCGUCCGCCAUAGUGUACGCGUGGAUCGGCAACAAGAGCGACGCCGACUCCGCCCGGCUCAUCGAGCAGAUUGCCGAGGAGAAGUUCAAUAACCCAUGGGUUAGCUUGCAGGUUCUAACGGAAGGCAGUGAGCCCGACAACUUCUUCUGGGUAGGCAUCGGCGGCCGCAAACCGUACGAUACAGACGCCGACUAUCUGAACUACACGCGCCUCUUCCGAUGCUCCAACGAGAAAGGAUACUUCACCGUCUCUGAGAAAUGCACUGAUUUCUGCCAGGAUGAUCUAGCUGAUGACGACAUCAUGAUUUUGGAUAAUGGCGACCAAGUGUUCCUAUGGCUCGGCGCCAAGUGCUCUGAAGUGGAGAUAAAACUGGCCUACAAGUCUGCACAGGUAUACAUCCAACACAUGAAGUCCAUGCAACCAGACAAACCACGGAAGCUGUUCCUCACGCUGAAGAACAAGGAGUCGCGACGGUUCACCAAGUGCUUCCACGGCUGGGGCGAGCACAAGAGGCCUCCGGAGUAACCGGAUAGAUCUGCAUUUGCCAACCACUAGUAACCAUUAGAGCAUACAACUUUUAUACGAGUGAUUGUUAGUGACUAAGCUAAAUUGCGGCACACGUUUUUAAUAAAAGACAUGAUAUAUAUAUACGUUCCUUAUGUUACGUGGAACUGACAUUGGUCUGCA